AUGGAUAUGUAUGUCUAUGCUCCGAAAGAUGAUUACAAACAUAGGGCUUACUGGAGAGAGUUGUACACUGUAGAGGAGGCUGAGCAUCUGACAUCUCUCAUAACAGCUGCAAAGUCACAAGGCAUAAUUUUUUGUUAUGCUCUGUCGCCUGGUCUUGAUAUUACUUACAGUAGUCAAAAGGAAAUUACCACCUUGAAGAGAAAAUUGGAGCAGGUUUCUCAGUUUGGCUGUACAUGCUUUGCAUUGCUUUUUGAUGACAUAGAGCCUGAAAUGAGUGAGGCAGACAAGCAGAUAUUUCAGAGUUUUGCUCAUGCUCAAGUAUCCGUAACAAAUGAGAUUCAUCAGCACUUGGGUUGUCCUCGUUUCCUGUUAUGCCCAACACAGUACUGCUCCACUAGGGCUGUGCCAACUGUCAACAGCUCGGAAUAUCUCAACACUCUGGGCACUAAACUAUCACAGCAGAUUGACAUCAUGUGGACAGGUCCCAAGGUGAUAUCAAAGACAUUGACUUCAGAGUGCAUAGAAGAAAUCACUCAAGUUCUUCGCCGCCCACCGGUCAUAUGGGAUAAUUUACAUGCUAAUGAUUAUGAUCAAAAAAGAAUAUUUUUAGGUCCGUAUUGUGGCAGAUCACCGGAAUUGAUCCCUUUGUUGCGAGGCGUAUUGACGAAUCCCAACUGCGAGUAUAACGCUAACAUGAUAGCGAUACGGACUCUGGCCCACUGGGCUAGUUGCAGUUUGGACGCACCCGCACACAUGGAAGCAGUAUCGUGGGAUAUCAAGCUAGAACGAGAGAGUGACCAAGGUGUUUGUGAAGAUGAAGCCCCUGUUCCACUUGGCAAGCAUGUGUAUCAUCAUAGACAAGCCCUUAGACAAGCUAUCACUGAAUGGUUACCAGAAUUCUCAAUACCUAAAACUGCACAGGGCCCUGUCAUCAAGCCACAACCUGCUAUAACUGUGCCACCGGUACCUAUCAUACCUAUACUGCCUUCGGUGAACACCUGCAUGUCCCUGGUGACCGCUACCAGUAAUACUUCCACAACGAGCACUGCUGACAUCUCCUCUGCCAUACCAACUGUCAACACUAGUCAACUGCAGGCAUUGGCCGACGUCUGUUCGUCUACAGACCGACCGAUACUAGCCACUGGGGUGUCAUCCAUAGAAACGUUUAAUCCUGUGUCAAACCCUGUAAUGAAUUCUUUGGUGUCACCCACGAAAGUGAUUCUCAACGAGUCGAUACCUAAUCCGAUAAUACCAAUUGCCAGUUCCAACAUAGCACUGCCGUCAGAAAUUCCAGUAUCAACGUUACCAGUACCCAUUCUUGGUUUAAAAGCUUUAGAGGAGAACAGUGAAAAACGUGAUCAGUCUAUGGUGGACAAAGUAGAUGAUAGUGUUAGUAAUGAUAGCGUUUUAGAAAGUGCCAGUUUUAUAGAAGACUUGAAGAAGAAAGAUGAUGAAACGGAGAAUAUAAUUGUGGAUGAUGUGGAGCCUACAAUUGAAGAGCAGCUAAGGAACGGGGAAAUGAGUGUCGGUGAUACGCCUCAAACGUUGAGCCCAAAUCUUGGUGGUGUUGAGCCUCUGGACGUGGACCCGCCAUCUGCUGCCGUCACCGAUACAGACAUAGUCAUGAAUGACGGCCUCAGCGAGAAUGGGUCGAUGCAGGUGGAGCCCAGCAAUAGUCCACUCAGUACUGACAUGAUGGUUGAACCCACGGAACCUACUGAUCCUGUAGAUCCGCCUGAUGAGAAUCGGUCGACUUUCAUAAAACUGGUUUAA